CAGCAGUGUGCAGAAAGUUAACGUCAAACAAACUUUAUCCGGCUGCAGUUCGACCCUCCACAGGUGCCCAGCAGCCCCUCGAGGAGCUCCAGACAUCUGUGCGGUCGCUUUAACUGUCAAUUCGAUGUCGCAGUGGACAAAUUUCAGCCAUAUACGCGAAAGGAUCCUGUAGUUUCCCCAGGAAAGACGACGACGACGACGCGUAAACUCUGGAAGUAAACCUACAGUACGCGGCUCGAAAGCGGGACUGUCUUCGGAUUACAGACACUUUUAUUGUUGUCCUUUCGUUUCAUCUCGCUUUUGAUUUGGAGGAAACAUGGCUCGAAUGCUGAGCAAGGAGCUGCCUGAUAUCGAGAGUAUCCUGGCCUUGAACCCUCGGGUCCAGACUCACGCUGCACUCCUCUCUACUAGAACGAAGAAAAUGGAGAAAAAACUAUGGAAAAGAAACGCAGAGAAAGGUUGUGAGAGCUGUGUGAAGCUGGAGAACAAUUUUGAUGACAUCAAACACACGACUCUGAGUGAGCGUGGAGCACUUCGCGAAGCGGUGAGGUGUUUAAAGUGUGCGGAUGCACCGUGUCAGAAAAGCUGCCCAACCAAUCUGAACAUUAAGGCCUUCAUUACUAGUAUAGCAAACAAGAAUUAUUAUGGAGCAGCACGAGCCAUUUUGUCCGACAAUCCGCUGGGUUUGACGUGCGGGAUGGUGUGUCCCACUUCAGACCUGUGUGUCGGAGGAUGUAACCUGUAUGCAUCUGAGGAAGGACCCAUCAACAUUGGAGGGCUGCAGCAGUUUGCUACUGAUGUGUUCAAACAAAUGGGUGUUCCUCAGAUCCGAAAUCCCGAUCUCCCGCCUCCAGACCAGAUGCCUGAGAGCUAUCACUCUAAAAUAGCUCUGAUUGGCUGCGGCCCCGCCAGUAUCAGCUGCGCCUCUUUCCUGGCUCGCUUGGGCUAUGACAACAUCAGCGUUUUUGAGAAGCAGAGGUUCAUUGGAGGACUGAGCUCUUCUGAGAUCCCGCAAUUCCGUCUGCCGUACGAUGUGGUGCAGUUUGAGGUGGAUUUGAUGAAAGACCUUGGAGUGAAGAUUGUCUGUGACCGAGGACUCGGCCAAGACGGAAUGACGCUCCUCUCGCUGAAAGAGGAGGGCUAUAAAGCUGUGUUCAUCGGAAUCGGUCUUCCUCAAGCAAACAGACACAAGCUGUUUGAUGGCCUCACCACAGAACACGGCUUUUACACCUCAAAGGACUUUCUCCCACUUGUUGCAAAAGCCAGUAAACCAGGGAUGUGUGGUUGCGUCUCUGCUCUACCUGAUCUGUGUGGCACUGUGAUUGUUCUGGGUGCUGGAGACACAGCUUUCGACUGUGCCACGUCUGCCCUUCGCUGUGGAGCCCGCCGGGUGUUCGUGGUCUUCAGGAAGGGGUUCACUAACAUACGAGCGGUUCCUGAGGAGAUGCAGCUGGCGAAAGAGGAGAAAUGUGAGUUCCUGCCGUUUCUGUCUCCUCGUGAGGUGUUACUGAAAGGAGGUCGAGUGCAUGGGAUGGAGUUCUGUCGAACGGAGCAAACAGAGACUGGUCAGUGGGUGGAGGAUGAGGAGCAGAUCAUACGACUGAAGGCUGACUUUAUCAUCAGUGCUUUCGGCUCCAUGAUAAAGGACUCUGCAGUGAUGGAGGCCAUGGCUCCCGUCAGGUUAAACAGAUGGGGUCUUCCAGAUCUGGACCCGGAGAGCAUGCAGACCAGUGAGCCGUGGGUGUUCGCUGGGGGCGAUGUGGCCGGUCUGGCUAAUACCACGGUGGAAGCAGUCAAUGAUGGAAAACAGGCCUCCUGGCACAUGCACAAGUACUUGCAGUCUAUCUUCGGGCAGAUGGUCAGUGGUCCGCCUCGGCUGCCACUCUUCUACUCCCCCAUAGACACUGUGGAUAUCAGUGUGGAGAUGUGCGGCAUCACGUUCCCCAAUCCAUUUGGGCUGGCCAGCGCUCCACCAACCACCAGUGCCGCCAUGAUCCGCAGGGCCUUCGAGCAGGGUUGGGGAUUCGCCCUAACUAAAACCUUCUCAUUGGAUAAGGAUUUGGUCACUAAUGUGUCUCCCCGCAUUGUGCGUGGAAGCACUUCUGGUCCGCUGUUUGGUCCCGGACAAGGAUCCUUCUUGAACAUUGAGUUGAUCAGCGAGAAGACGGCGGCGUACUGGUGCCAGAGCGUGAAGGAACUCAAAGCUGACUUUCCAGAUAAUAUUGUCAUAUCCAGCAUAAUGUGCAGCUACAACAAAGCUGAUUGGACCGAGCUUGCCAAAAUGGCAGAGGAGUCUGGCGCUGAUGCCCUGGAGCUGAAUCUAUCAUGUCCUCAUGGAAUGGGGGAGAGGGGAAUGGGGCUCGCCUGUGGGCAGGAUCCAGAGCUGGUGAGGAACAUCUGUCGCUGGGUUCGCCAGGCUGUUCACGUCCCGUUCUUUGCCAAACUCACUCCUAAUGUGACCAACAUCGUGGACAUUGCCAAAGCUGCGCAGGAAGGUGGAGCAGAUGGAGUCACAGCCACCAACACGGUUUCAGGGCUGAUGGGACUGAAGGCAGACGGCUCUCCCUGGCCCGCCAUCGGCCACGGACGACGCUCCACAUAUGGUGGAGUGUCUGGAAAUGCCAUCCGGCCAAUCGCAUUGCGAGCAGUUUCCGCCAUAGCAAAAGCUAUGCCGAAUUUUCCCAUAUUGGCCACCGGGGGCAUCGACUCUGCAGAGUCUGGAUUACAGUUCCUCCAUGCAGGAGCCACAGUGUUACAGGUGUGCAGUGCAGUUCAAAACCAGGACUUCACCGUGAUCGAGGACUACUGUACGGGUCUGAAAGCUCUGCUCUACCUCAAGAGCAUUGAGGAGCUCCAGGACUGGGAUGGUCAGUCGCCUUAUACGGUUCGUCAUCAGAGAGGGAAGCCUGUAUCCUUGCUGGAGGAAUUUAAAGGAAAGUGUCUACCCAGUUUUGGCCCGUACCUUCAGGAAAAGAUGGAGGCGAUUGCGAACCACAAAAAGAAAUUGAAAACCUACAGCAACAAUCCUGUUUCAUUCGACAAAACAAGAGUCUAUACUCUAAAGUCUCCCGCACCAAGAGUUAAAGAUGUGAUCGGCAAAGCCCUGAAACACAUCGGUGCUUAUCAGGAGCUCAACAUUCAGGAGCAAGUGCAGGCGUUGAUCGAUCCGGAGAUGUGCAUUAACUGUGGGAAGUGUUACAUGACCUGUAACGACGCUGGAUAUCAGGCCAUUGUGUUUGACCCGGACACUCAUCUGCCCAGUGUUCAGGACGGCUGCACUGGCUGCACCCUCUGCCUCAGUGUCUGUCCUGUCAUCGACUGCAUCCGCAUGGUGGACCGGACAGCGCCUUAUGUGCCCAAAAGAGGCCUUGUAGAACCUGUGUGCUGAACACUGACAAAACAAAGAAAAAUGUCUAUCACAACAUUCAAUUUACUCCACGGGUCUGUAAAAACACUCAAAAAAAGUCCUCAGUCCUCAAUUUCUCUGGAUUCACGAGUAAAAUGUGUUUUGUAAAUUACU